AUGAAGAUCUCGCUGUCAACCGCUGCCACGGCCGCGGCGUACGCGGCCCUGGCCCUUCCCGGCGCGUCCGCGACGAUCUACUACGCCGGCGUGGCAGAGUCGAGCGGCGAGUUUGGGGCAUGGAGCGCGACAGCCCAGGUCGGGACCGGCUUGCCCGGCCAGUUCGGCGUCGACUACGCCUUCAUCAGCAACAGCGGCAUCGAUGUCAUGGCCGACCAGCACAAGAUCAACCUUUUCAGGGUCGCCUUCUUGCUCGAACGCAUGUGUCCUCUCGCGACCGGGCUGGGGUCCAAGUUUGACGAGUCGCAUUUCGGACACUUCAAGGACGCCAUCGACUACAUCACCAAGACCAAGGGCGCAUAUGCGAUUCUUGACCCCCACAACUACAUGCGGUACAAUAACCCGUCGUCGCAGCCCUUUAGUGGCAGCGUGAUCGGCAACAGCUCAGACCCGACGGCGGCGACGACGGCGCAGUUUGGCGCGUUCUGGGGGGAGCUGGCGUCGCGCUUCGCGAGCGACGAGAAGGUCAUCUUCGGGCUGAUGAACGAGCCCCACGACAUGCCCAGCUCGCUGCUGCUGGCGAACCUGCAGGCGGCCGUCGACGCCAUCCGCAAGGCCGGCGCCAAGAACCUCAUCAUCGCGCCAGGCAACUCAUGGACGGGCGGCCACGCCUGGACGCAGGGCGGCGCCGAGGCCAACAGCGCCUGGCUGCACAAGCUCGUCGACCCGCUCAACAACACGGCCAUCGACAUCCACGAGUACCUCGACCAGGACUUCAGCGGCGGCCACAUCCCGUGCACGCAGCCCGCCGCCACCAACCUCGCCGGCGUCACCGCGUGGCUCAAGCAGCACAGCCUCAAGGCCUUCAUCACCGAGUUCGGCGGCUCCAACACGACGGCCUGCGUCGGCAUGCUCGGCGACAUGCUCGACUACAUGGCGCAGAACGAGGAGUACAUCGGCUGGACGGCGUGGGCAGCUGACCCCUGCUGCACCGACUCGGCCCAGUACGGCAGCCUCGAGCCCGGCAGCACCGCCGCCAACGGCGGCCCCAGCCUCUAUGACACCAUCUAG